GUACCAGUUGAUAUGGUUGUAAAUGCUACAAUGGCUGCCAUUGCCAAGCAUGGAUAUAUGCAAAGUCCAGAAUUAAAUGUCUAUCAUUUAACAUCAAUGCCUAUGAAUCCUUUAUCAUUCUCUCAACUUUUUGACUAUAGUUAUGACUUUUUCAGUUCAUUUCCUAUUAUUAACUCAAAAGGAAAUGAAGUGGAGAUUAGGAGGAUGAGAUACUUUGACAAAAUCUCAGACUUCUCAAAUUAUAUUUGGGAGGAUUUAUUCAUACAACAAAAUGGUAUCCAAGAUUUAACAGAAGAAGAGAUUUCACAGUUUCAAAGGCAUUUUAAAAGGAAGGUGGAAUACCUCAAGCAGUUCAGCAAGUUAUAUGAACCAUACUUAUUCUACAAAGGGUGGUUUCACAAUGGCAACAUGCAAAAACUAAAGGAAGAUAUGUCAGAAGAAGAGACAAAUAGCUUUGAGAUUGAUAUGGGAAAAAUAAAUUGGAGGGAUUACUUCUUAAAAAUCCACAUUCCUGGUGUACAAGAAAAU